GGGUUGGUUUACAGGGGAAAGACAAAGGCAAGGUUGUUGAUUGGUUGCGAGUGAGUCCAUUCACAUGUAAAUCAGACCUCAUAAAUGUCCCCCUUCAAUUGCCCACUUUGCACAAUAUAUGUAGUGCUUGUUAGCACAGACUUUUGUCUCAAACUGAACUCGCCGACCAUCUGCCCCCCAUUCAGUAGUCUUAACGGCACUGUGUCCUCACAGCGGUCUCUAGCUACUGCAGCAAUAUGGCCCCUGCCUCCCGCAGCAGCACACACGAGGACGAGUAUUACGGAAUAAAAGACAGAAAGACAAGGAAACCAUUGGUGGAGAAAAAGAGACGAGCGCGCAUUAAUGAAAGUUUACAGGAACUGAGGCUACUGCUAACCGACUCGGAUGCGCAGGUAAAAAUGGAAAACGCCGAGGUGCUGGAAACUACUGUGAAACGCGUGGAAAGUAUUCUCCAAAACAAAGCCAAGGAGGCUGUCAGCGUGAACCGAGAAGCGAACGAGCGAUUCGCCGCGGGCUACAUCCAGUGCAUGCACGAAGUGCACACAUUCGUGUCCAGCUGCCCAGGAAUCGACGCGACGAUUUCCGCGGACCUUCUUAACCAUCUCCUGGAAUGCAUGCCUUUGAACGACGAGGAUCGCUUUCAGCAUAUACUGUCAGACCUGAUGUCGGACUGUAGCACUUGGUCGAGCGAAGGCAGGAGCGUGAUCAGCAGCGGCUCCUCUGCCUUGUCCCCGUCUCCUUCCACUACCUCCAGCGAUGACCUUUGCUCUGACCUGGAUGACACGGACACAGAGCACAACCACAUCUCGGUGGAUGCCACGGAUAACCAGGAAGCGUUAAACGUGCCAACCACGUUCCACUCCAAGUCCAUGUGGAGACCCUGGUAGACUGAUACACCAGGGAUGCUCGUCCUGAAGAUCUCGCCUACCUUUCUGUAGAAUUUCGUUGCAACUAUAAGGAACAUUUGAUUAUAUCAUUUUAGUUUAGGGCUAUUAAAGUAUGCAUUAAGGUAGAUAUCCAAGAUCUAUGGACUCAUACAGUUCAACAGUAGGACUAGGGCAGCUGCAACUCGAUAUAGCUGUAAUUCAAAGUUAGUUCAGCAGGCUGCAGUGCAUAUAACAGCCGUAGCAAUCUAAAUGAUAUCUGUGGAUGUCCCCCGAUAAGCUCUUCAAGGUGCAACAAUAUGCAUUUCUGUCCAAUGCAAAACAUCUUUAAUAAUAUCAUUAUUAUUAUUUUUUUAAUAUAAUUAUUUUGGAAAAGCUAAGAUAAUGUAAAACAAUACUGUAAGGAUAAAUAAUAUUUCUAGGGAACGCUUUCCCACUCUUAAUUAUUGAUGGUAGGCUGAAUGUAAAUAUUUGAAUGUUGUGGCUGUAGAUAUAGAUCUCUGACAUUUUAAAGUGUGCGUGAUCAUUGUUAACGUGAUAAUAGGGUUUGUAAAUGUCAGAUAUCAACUAAUGGCAUUUUAUGUAUUUUAUGUGUGAUUGUGGUAUUAACCAUG